AACACCGGCGAAAACAGAGCACGUAUAUUUCUUCCCCGCCAGCCAUGGAUACUAUAACAUGCAUCUCCAGUUUAAAUUAAUCAAAACAUCCUUUGUUAAAUUACCCUAUCUUUCUACUUCUUCUUCUGCUGAUUAGUUUGUGCAUCUUUUUGUUUCUUCAUCUAAUCAAUGACUCUAUUUCAUCCAACAACGACCACCAAAUCAACCUUCCUGGAUUCAUUUCAAGCCUCUCUCUCCAGGUUCAAUGGCCUCCCUCUCCCUUUUUUCAGGUCUAAUCUUCCUCUAAAAGCCCUAAAUUUUUGUGCUGCUAACCAUACCAUCGCUUCAAGCUCACAUGUUCACCGAUACCCAGAAAGCCAAACCAAAGCUUUUCCCAUCGUGAGAAGUAAUUGGUUAGAUAAUUGGAACAAAACCCACAAAAGAAAUGGACCAAAACCACCGAAAACAGUGUUCAACUAUAGGAAAAACGGGAAUUCAUGGAGCUUGUCUUAUUCAAAUAGUGGUAACAAUGGGAGCAGCAGCAGCAGUAGUACAAUGGAGAAAAUAGUGGAGAAAUUGAAGAAGUUUGGGUAUGUUGGAGAGGAAACUGAACAGAAAAGAAAGGGUGAAGGACAAACAAGGAGAGAUAAUGAAAGAGGGUCUGUAGAGGAUAUGUUUUAUGUGGAAGAAGGAAUGUUACCAAAUACCAGAGGUGGGUUCUCAAAGGAGUCGCCUUUGGGGGUCGAAAGUGUGUCUGAAAGUGAUGGGGAAGUAAGGUUUCCAUGGGAGAAAAGGAAGGAAGAAGAAGAAGAAGAAGAGAAGUGGACAGCCAGAAGAGAUGUUAAGACUUCAGUGGCUGAGUUGACCCUGCCUGAGUCUGAACUCAGAAGGUUAAAGAACUUGACAUUUCGGACCAAGAGUAAAAUGAGAAUUAAGGGCUCUGGUGUUACUCAAGAAGUGGUGGAUACAAUUCAUGACAAGUGGAAGACUACGGAGAUUGUGAGGUUAAAGGUUGAAGGGGCACCUGCGCUUAAUAUGAAAAGGAUGCACGAAAUAUUGGAGAGAAAAACCGGUGGAUUGGUAGUUUGGAGGUCCGGGACAUCCGUUUCUUUAUAUAGAGGUGUUAGCUAUGAGGUUCCCUCGGUGCACCUCAACAAAAAUAUAUAUAAGAAAAAUGAGAUGUCUACAUAUUCAUCAUCCCCAGUUUCUAAUAAAACUAAGGAUCCUUCUGACUCGGGUUCUCAAAAUGAAGUGGCUCCACCGAAGGCAAACUCUGAAACUGCAGCUGAGGAGCAUAAAAAUGCAGAGCCAUUGCCAGAAGUAAAGUACGAGGAUGAAGUGGACAAGUUUUUAGAGGGCCUGGGUCCUAGGUAUGCUGAUUGGCCAGGAUGUAAUCCCUUACCAGUUGAUGCUGAUUUGCUUCCUGGAAUAGUUCCUGGGUAUCGGCCUCCAUUUAGAGUACUUCCUUACGGGGUAAGAUCUUCUCUCGGAGUAAAGGAAGCAACGUCUUUGAGGAGACUUGCCAGAGUUCUUCCUCCGCAUUUCGCUUUAGGUAGAAGUAGGCAGCUCCAAGGUCUGGCGGUGGCCAUGAUUAAAUUGUGGGAGAAAAGUUCUAUUGCGAAGAUUGCACUCAAACGAGGAGUGCAACUAACUACUAGUGAGAGAAUGGCUGAAGAUCUCAAGAAAUUAACAGGGGGCAUGCUUCUCUCCAGAAACAAGGACUUCUUGGUCUUCUACCGGGGAAAGAACUUUUUGUCAGCGGAUGUUGCUGAAGCUUUAUCAGAAAGGGAAAGAACGGCGAAGUCCUUGCAAGAUGAAGAGGAGCAAGCACGGUUAAGAGCCUCAGCUUUGUUUGUACCAAGCACUGAAGUAACCGAGCAAUCGGGGGCUGCAGGUACCCUCGGAGAAACUUUGGAUGCAGAUGCUAGAUGGGGAAAGACGUUGGACGAUCAUCAUAAGGAAAAAGUUAUGAAGGAAGCAGAAAUGUUGAGGCAUGCCAACCUAGUCAGGAAACUUGAAAAGAACUUAGCUUUUGCUGAGCGAAAGCUAUUGAAAGCUGAACGAGCUUUAUCUAAGGUUGAAGUUUAUUUAAAACCAGCUGAUAGACAGGCUGAUCCGGAAAGCAUAACUGAUGAGGAAAGGUUUAUGUUUCGCAAGCUCGGGUUGAGGAUGAAAGCUUUCUUACUUCUUGGUAGACGUGGAGUUUUCGAUGGUACUAUAGAGAACAUGCACUUGCACUGGAAAUACAGGGAGUUGAUUAAGAUCAUUUUGAAGGCUAAAAAUUUUGAUCAGGUAAAAAAGGUCGCCAUAGCGCUCGAAGCUGAAAGCGGUGGAGUUUUGGUUUCCGUUGAUAAAAUCUCCAAAGGAUAUGCCAUAAUUGUUUACCGAGGAAAGGAUUAUGAGCGGCCUUCUACAAUAAGGCCUAAGAAUCUUUUGACAAAGAGGAGGGCUUUGGCACGUUCUAUUGAGCUUCAAAGACACGAGGCACUCUUGAAGCAUAUUUCAGCACUGCAGGCUAGGGUGGAGAAAAUAAGAUCUGAGAUAGAUCAAAUGCACAGCAUGGACGGCCGAGGAGACGAGGAAUUCUAUGACAGAGUAGAUUCUUCAUAUCCUACUGAUGACGAUGACACCGAGGAGGAAGGGGAUGAGACCUACCUUGGGACAUAUGAGAGCGAAGAUGAUGGUGAAGACGAAACCCAAUUUCCCACUCCAUAACAAACAUCAAGAGUCAUUAACAGAGUCCCUUGGAGCACUUGUAUACACAUUUUGCCUUGCAUCGAGAGAGAAACCGAUGAAGCGAGAAAAGAGAUGAGGGUUAAAUUACUGGGAAGUAGCUAAAGAGCAAUAAUGAACAAUACUGGGGAAUUGCAAGGCAAUAAUAUG